GAGCGCUAAGAUGGCCGCCCCGGCUCGGGCUGGUGAGUGUGAGCGAGGGCGCGGGGCCGCGGCGACUGGCGGAGUGAGGACCCCUGCGGGAGCGGACGUGCGACGGCAGCCCCCGGGCCGGGAGGCACCUGGGGGAGUAUUCCCGCCGCGCAAGGCGCUGGGGGUCCUGAGAGAGGGAGAGACGGGGGCUGCGGGCGCGCGGAGGGGAGUGAGCCGAGGGGCGCGCGGCAGCGACGGGUCCGGCGAAUUUUGAAGUGGCCCCCUGGGAAGUUUCGUUUUCAGAUGCUUCAGGUGUUGUGAACAGAGACUUGUUUGGAUUAUGCGUUUCUCAGCUAGACUAAAUAAAUGCUAGCAAUGGAUAAGUGCAAACAUGUUGGGCAGCUGCGGCUUGCUCCAGACCAUUCCAGCCUCAACCCUCAGAAAUGGCACUGUGUGGACUGCAACACGACCGAGUCCAUUUGGGCUUGCCUUAGCUGCUCCCAUGUUGCCUGUGGAAGAUAUAUUGAAGAGCAUGCACUCAAGCACUUUCAAGAAAGCAGUCAUCCUGUUGCAUUGGAGGUGAAUGAGAUGUAUGUUUUUUGUUACCUUUGUGAUGAUUAUGUUCUGAAUGAUAAUGCAACUGGAGACCUGAAGUUACUACGGAGUACGUUAAGUGCAAUCAAAAAUCAAAAUUAUCACUGCACAACUCGUAGUGGAAUGGUUUUACGGUCCAUGGGUACAAGUGAUGAUUCUUAUUUCUUAUAUGACGGUGCCCAAUCUCUGCUUCAAAAUGAAGAUCAAAUGUAUACUGCUCUUUGGCACAGGAGAAGGAUAUUAAUGGGUAAAAUCUUUCGAACGUGGUUUGAACAAUCACCCAUUGGAAGAAAAAAGCAAGAACAAUUUCAGGAAAAAUUAGUAGUAAAAAGAGAAGUAAAGCGAAGGCGGCAAGAAUUAGAGUAUCAAGUUAAAGCAGAAUUGGAAAGUAUGCCUCCAAGAAAGAGUUUACGUUUACAAGGGCUCGCUCAGUCGACCAUAAUAGAAAUAGUUCCUGUUCACGUGCCAGCACAAAUGCCAGCAUCAACAGCAAAAGCUAUAGUACUUUCUACCUCAGAAGAUGAAAGAUCUCAAAAAAUCAGUGACUCCUCAGUUAAACGAAGGCCAAUAGUAACUCCUGGUGUAACAGGAUUGAGAAAUUUGGGGAAUACUUGCUAUAUGAAUUCUGUUCUUCAGGUGUUGAGUCAUUUACUUAUUUUUCGACAAUGUUUUUUAAAGCUUGAUCUGAACCAAUGGCUGGCUGUGACUGCUAGUGAGAAGAAAAGAUCUUCCUGUAAGCAUCCACCAGUCACAGAUACAGUAGUAUAUCAAAUGAAUGAAUGUCAAGAAAAAGAUACAGGUUUUGUUCGCUCCAGACAAUCAAGUCUGUCAUCAGGACUAAGUGGUGGAGCAUCAAAAAGUAGAAAGAUGGAACUUAUUCAGCCAAGGGAGCCAACUUCACAGUACCUUUCUCUUUGUCAUGAAUUGCAUACUUUGUUCCAAGUCAUGUGGUCUGGAAAGUGGGCUUUGGUCUCACCAUUUGCUAUGCUACACUCAGUGUGGAGACUCAUUCCUGCCUUUCGUGGUUACGCCCAACAAGAUGCUCAGGAAUUUCUUUGUGAACUUUUAGGUAAAAUACAACAUGAAUUAGAGACAACCGGUACCAGUUUACCAGCUCUUAUCCCCACUUCUCAAAGGAAACUCAUCAAACAAGUUCUGAAUGUUGUAAAUAACAUUUUUCAUGGACAACUUCUUAGUCAGGUUACAUGUCUUGCAUGUGACAACAAAUCCAAUACCAUAGAACCUUUCUGGGACUUGUCAUUGGAGUUUCCAGAAAGAUAUCAAUGCAGUGGAAAAGAUAUUGCAUCUCAGCCAUGUCUGGUUACUGAAAUGUUGGCCAAAUUUACAGAAACUGAAGCUUUAGAAGGAAAAAUCUACGUAUGUGACCAGUGUAACUCAAAGCGUAGAAGGUUUUCCUCCAAACCAGUUGUACUCACAGAAGCUCAGAAACAACUUAUGAUAUGCCACCUACCUCAGGUUCUCAGACUGCACCUCAAACGAUUCAGGUGGUCAGGACGUAAUAACCGAGAGAAGAUUGGUGUUCAUGUUGGCUUUGAGGAAAUCUUAAACAUGGAGCCCUAUUGCUGCAGGGAGACCCUGAAAUCCCUCAGACCAGAAUGCUUUAUCUAUGACUUGUCUGCGGUGGUGAUGCACCAUGGGAAAGGAUUUGGCUCAGGGCACUACACUGCCUACUGCUAUAAUUCUGAAGGAGGGUUCUGGGUACACUGCAAUGAUUCCAAGCUAAGCAUGUGCACAAUGGAUGAAGUAUGCAAGGCUCAAGCUUAUAUCUUGUUUUAUACCCAACGAGUUACUGAGAAUGGACAUUCUGAACUUUUGCCUCCAGAGCUCCUGUUGGGGAGCCAACAUCUCAAUGAAGACACUGAUACCUCGUCUAAUGAAAUCCUUAGCUGAUCCAAAGACAAUGGGGUUUUCUUCCUGUGAUUUAUAUAUAUACUUUUAAAAAGACUGAUGUACCAUUUUAAACAUUUUUUCUUGUGAAUCAGUGUAUAUACAUUUAUGCAUUUUAUAUCUAACUACAAUUUUUUUUUUUUUUUACGAAGUAUAAAUGUGUGUAUCAACUGAAGGUAACUACUUUUUUCAAAUAUUUGGAAUUUUAAACUUUUGGUGUUUACCUCAGACUGAUGUUACCUCUUUUAUAUGUCUUAAUUGGCUCGGAUCAUGAAUUUGUGCAAUCUUCUACCAACAAAGUUCAAGUGGCAUCAUUUUAUAUACAUGUGUUAUCUUUUUCAGGUAUUUUCUAUACAAAUUCUUAAUAGAUGGAAAAUUAGACUCUACUUGGUCACUAAUAGUCUUUCUUUCAUUUGUAUAUUGAAGUUACCUUGCCCCUUGGAGUUAUUGCAGUGACAUGUCAAGGAAUCACCUAAAUAUUCUUCAGUCACAUUCACUGGUAUUUCUGAGGCUUUGUGUGUUAACAGGCCUUGUAACAGACAUUAUUUUGGUUAAUGUAACCCCAAAAUUGUUUUAGUAAUUGCUCUUUAUUUGGCAUAGUCAAACUGUAAAUGAAACAGGCAGCUUUACAAAUAGCAUAUUUAAGUGACCUUUGGAACUAUGGACAUGAAAAAAUGAUGGCUGGGAUUUAUGAUUUUUGUCUGGCAGCAAACAGGUUUGUCCAGAAGUCUAAUAAUUAAGCAGUCAUAAAAAGUUUGAAUUUAGCACACCAGUGUAUGCUGUUAUUCAAAUAGUUUACCUUGGGUAUGAGUUCAUUUUAUAAUGUCUGAUGACAUUAGAUCUCUUAAAACUUUGUAUGUAUUUUUUAGUUCAAAGGAAUAAAGAGUCUUGAAGAGAAAAAAUUACAGGGCAAAAAAGUGUUCAAAAUUGGUAACUGGACUAUUAUGUCUAGCAUCUCAUUCUCCUAAAUAACUAAAGUUUGAUUUACUCUUGCUAGGAUUAUGUGACUACUAGGUAGGAGCCUCUUAAAACACUGGCCCUGAGCAUUAAAAAAAUUAAAAGCUAUCUAAACUUGCCAAAAAAAAAAAAAAAAUACAGUGAGUCACUCCUUUUGUUCUUCUCUGAUAAUCUUACUGGAUUUCUUUAAAGUCCCGUUGCUGCUAACUUUGUCUUAUUUGGAGAGGGUAGAAUCAACUAAUCUACAGACCAGCUAUGUAUCUAAGCUCUGUUAACCACAGGAAGAUCAUGUAUCCUUUUUUUAUAAGUGGGUUUAUUUGCAGGUUGAAGUCUUAGUGAAAGAUAAUAUCCUGUAGAAUGCUGUUCACCAGUAGUGAUCAUCUGUAAGUACAAACUUGAAAGAGAUCUCUACCAGUAAAUAACAAGUCAUCUGGGUUAGCUGAAGUGCAAUGAGACUUUUAUCACUGAACAGACAAAUCAUUUGUGCCAAAAACACAUCUGGAAUAUUAAAUGGCUGUGUUUAAAAUUGUUCAUAAUACCUAUGCAAGUUGUUACCUCAACUGUUACACACUUAAUACCUCAUUAAAAAUUUACGUGGUCAAGAUA